ACCAAAUUUGUUGUUUUCUUUGUUUUUGUUUAGAGAAUGGGAUCUAACCAAUUUUCUUCUUCUUCUUCUUCUUCGUCCUGCAAUUUGAAUUGGACGGCCGAGCAAAACAAGUUGUUCGAAAAUGGUCUGGCAAUAUAUGAUAAAGAUAUUCCUCAACGAUGGCAGCAAAUAGCCAAGCUUGUGGGAGGAACAACCGAGCAUGAAGUGAAGAAACAGUAUGAAAUACUUGUAGAUGACAUCUACCGCAUUGAAUCCGGCAAAGUACCCCUUCCUGAGUAUCCAGAAAAUGGUGGAAAUAGCUGGAUUAAUGAUAUCACCAAUGAACAAAACAGGCUGAAGCAUUUGAAGCUGUAGUGGAGUAUGG